AUGGUGGUUGGGAUCCUCAUGGCCAUGUACGCGUCGCCGUCGGCCGCCGUCCAAGAACGGCGCGAACGCACCUUUAUGAUCGUCAAACCCGACGGCGUCCAGCGUGGACUCAUCGGUAAAGUGGUUAGCCGCUUGGAGAAGACCGGCUUCAAACUCGUGGCGAUGAAGUUUCUGCAGGCAGCUGAAGAGACACUGAAGAAACAUUAUGAGGAGCGCUCGGACCAACCAUUCUUUCAGGCUCUCAUAAAGUAUAUGCAAAUGGGACCCAUCGUCAUCAUGGUGUGGGAAGGCAAGGAGGUCAUAAAGAGGACAAGGGACAUGAUUGGUGCAACCGACCCCCUCAAGUCCAAGCCGGGCACGAUCCGUGGCGACUAUGACGGCAUUAUGCCGGGCAGAAAAGUGGUCCACGGAAGUGACUCCCUUCCGAGUUCCAAGCGAGAAAUCGAGCUGUGGUUCGAAAAGGCGGAACUGAUCCCGUGGAAGCAGUGCCUAGACGACUGGAUAUUCAAGGAGAACUAGCGAUCUUCUCUUCUCUUUUUAAUAUGUCCUUCCAGUUUUGUCUCGUUAGUCUGAAUCGUUGCUUGUUGCAUUUUUGACACUGGUCACUGCCCGGCUUUACUCAUUUCGUUUGCUUUUUUUUCUAGCCAUGCAUUUACCCAUCUUGUUUGUUGAGGAUGCGUUCUGUACAGAACGCAUCAUUUAUUUUACUCGGCUUUAUCGUGCAUCUUGCUGUCUUUCUGCGACGGCCAGCCAAAAGGGGGAGGUGUGACGACCGCGCUUGCGAAAGUGACUCGGUGAUUCAGCGUGUGGAGCUGUUGUGGGUUAUGGCGGGGCAUAGAGCCGUCGAUCGCUGGAUAGCGGCGCCACCCUGCACCGCAGG